AUGGAGCAGCCUGAGCAUGUGUUGUAUCCGAGUGAGGAGAUGAUGGUGCGCUUAAUAGAGGAGCAACUUUGGUGUGGCUACGAAGGCAUUGAAUCAUCGGUUGGACUUCAUUUGGAUGACGAAAAUGCCACGUAUUUGCGUGAAUCUUUGUUUCCCACUCUCAUUCCGGCACUUCACGAUUUAGUUAGGCGUGAACAGCAUCGAAUAUCAGAACCAUUAGCAUUCCAAGAGCGAUUCCAAGCAACAGGAAACACCCAUCCAGUGACAUGGCUAGCACAGUACCUUCUUCGUAACAAUACACAUCACAGUACUAAUCUUCGCAGUCAUCCAUAUGUGUUGGUUAACAAUGAGGUACUUAGAAAGCAAAAGGAAACUAUAAAAGUAAGGGACUUUCGAGAUAUUUAG